UACAUAAUAAGCCGGCCAUCCUGUUCUCAUACAAGCAUAGGUUUGGGUGCUGCUAGCAUCGUCCCAUCGUCCCUGACACCUCCCUAACAUAUCCCUAGCAUAUCUUAAGCCAUAGCUACAUCAACCAGUGUCAUUUGAGGCCAAUAGUUAGCCUAGCUCUGAUUAUCUCUAAUAAACGGGUUGAGUCUUUCGGAGUAAAGGACAGAGGGACAUUUUCAUACAGCCCAUGGCCAUCAAGGCCUGACGCUCGGAAGCGGUUGUGGAGACCAGCUCACAGCCUUCUAUGGCUUAUGGCGCCAACGAUUGGGACUCCCGGCUUCUGGACGUUGGAAGACCGGGGCAGCUCGGGGAUGCCGCAACGUCAACGCCAUCUCCGUUUCAGCAGUACCUGCCCCUGACGUCUUUGCUUUGCAAGCUAUCACGGUUCAAAGCUCUGGCUGCCGACAAAGAUCUCGCUAACAGUGUUAUAGCACCGCUCGUGCGGCAGCUACCUUUCGACGAGGAGCUUUCAUUGCUACUGGCCAAGUACGGAUGGCAUCCCUUGGAGGGGUUUACCACCACGCUUGACCUCGCUGGCCUCAAGGGGGCGCUGCAAAAGUACAAGUACAUAAAGAUCGGGCAGCUGGGGAGCGGGUCAUACGGUGUCGUACAUAAGGCGGUCAACCGCGAGACUAAGGAGCUUCUGGCCAUCAAGAAGGUGGUACACAGUGUGGAUCACGGCUUGUCAGACUCCACUAUACGCGAGAUCAGCACGCUACGGGAGCUCCAACAUGACAACAUCGUCAGGCUGAAGGACAUCAUCGCCACCGUGAACGGCAACCACGUGCACCUGGUGCUCGAGUUCCUGGACUGCGACCUGCGCUACUACCUGGACAACUGCACGGAGGCCUCCAACAUCAGCCGUAUCAAGUCGGUGGUGUACCAGAUCCUCCGCGGCAUCCGCUACGCGCACGCCAACAGCAUCAUGCACCGCGACCUGAAGCCCCAGAACAUCCUUGUCAGCACCUCCACGGGGCAGGUCAAGAUCACGGACUUUGGGCUGGCGCGCUGCUUCCUGCCCAACGAAGAGCGGGCGUACACGGAGAAGGUGGUGACGCUCUACUACCGCGCACCCGAGCUGCUGCUGGGGUCGCAGUACUACACGAGCGCCGUGGACCUGUGGAGCAUCGGCUGCAUCAUGGCGGAGAUGAUCAACUUCGACGUGUUCUUCAAAGCCGAACAGGAGGUGAGCGAGAUCUCGCAAAUCAUGCGCAUCUUCUCGAAGCUCGGCACGCCAACGCCCGAGGCGUGGAAGGAGCUGCCUGGCCUCACCCACUUCUCCCAAGACUUCCCGCGGUUCCCUCCACGGCCGCUGCAUGAGUUGGUCCCGCGCCUGGCAAACGACCCGCAAGGCCUGGACCUGCUGUCGCGCCUGCUCAUGUACGACCCUCGCCACCGCAUCACAGCGAGCCAGGCGCUGGAGCACCCCUGGUUCUACGGCGUCCACGUUUAGAUGGCCGCGCGUGGCUUGACGCCUUGCUUGCUGCUUAUCUACUUACUAAGAGAAACCGUGAUCUACAAGCGAUCGACCAGAACUCCUUCUCGGUCGAUUGAACGGAAGAGAAGGAAGAAAACACGGCUGCGGAAACGCAGCUUAUCGCGGGCUGCACGGCCGCAGUCGGCGGAGGACGCGGUGCAAUCGCACCCUCGCCCUUAAAGAUACGAAAACAUGUCGCCGUCGCAGACGACGCGGUGCGAACGCAAGGCGGGCGACCCGCUGUGCUGCUGCUGUGGUUGAGUGGCGAGGCGUCCCCAAGGAUCCUGGUGUGCACGGGCUGUGGACCGCUGUUGUACUGUUGGACCCGCCGCACAGCUGGGAGGAAGUGACAGCGCAGGGAUACUGCUGCGUUGUGGCCGGGCUGGCUUGGUGUUGGUGCCUGAGUUGGUUUGUGUCACGCUAGAAGACAGGGCGCAUGAUGGCUCCCGGUGAUCAAGACGAAGGGGCGAUGCCACUGCUGUGAUUGGGUAGCGUUAUAUUCAGGAGCGUAAGCGGUUGCGGUGGUUAUGGAGAGCACGCGGGGCGGUCAACAUAUCUGAAGACGUAUCCAUGACACAUUUCGUUAGGCACAUCAGGAAAUGGUAGGUAGGCCGUGUUUCACCAUGGAUGCAUGUGUUGAUGUGUGUUUUGUUGGCGAGCCUGUUGCUGAUGGGAUAAAUGGUAGAGAGUCGAGGGAAGUGGUGAUGCUUUUGCUAGGUAGGGUAGACGUAGGGUACAAAUCCAUUUUUUCGGGUCAUGUUAACUGCAUUUUUGAUGGGAUGCUUAGCUUAGGGCUUCACCUCGUAGGGGACUUAUGCGUGCAAUGGAUUUUGACUGGGUGGGCGAUUGCAAAGGUGAUGACGGUGCGAGCGGUCUCCGUCGCUACAACAGAUGCCAUUCUCCUGAUUUUUACUCGAGGCUGUACGCAGCCGCUGUGGGGUGGACAGUGUUAGCUGCGCGCUCGCUUAUCCUACAUGUCAGCAUGUCCUUGGGCCGAAAUUGAGCACGGGAUGUGGUGGACUAACGGAAGGCUGUUUUGUGCAGCGAUUGGGGCUCUUACUUGGUGCCGUUGCCUCUUUGAUUGAUGACCGGUUUUCUUGACGUCGGGCUUGCGUCUUCUUGUACACCUGGCAAAGGCAAAAAUCCACGUGGUGUAGGGCUGACGUGAUUUUUUGUUAGGGAGAGACUCUUGUGUGUUGAUGGUACUUUGUUCUUACCUCGCGUCAUACUGUUGCUGCGUUUUGGUCCGUGCGAAGAGGGGCAGCGUCCGUCCCAAGUAUCGGAAAGUGAUGAAAUCCAACGGUUUUAGCGGCAUCUCACUUUGUCCUCGAGUGAUCUGCGCACGAACGCCCAGUACGUAAGAAAUUGCGGUGUAUCUGCAGCUGUAGGUAGGGAGGUGUAGGUGUGUACAUUGUAGGCCCGCUCGUACGUGCUUUUGCCGUACGUCCUAUGGUUUGUUUCGGUUAUCACGGUAAUACGCGUUGGGGCAAACGCGCCAGGUUUUUCGAGUUCGGUAAGAACAGGCAUAGGAGCUCUGUUAAUGCGAGUUUGAUGUGCAGUAAGGUAGUUAGGGUUUGCGAGUUUGGCAUACCAAAAAUGUUAAAAAUGUUGUUUUGGUGGAUUAGGAUGUUAGUAUGACAUAUUGGUUACAGGCCAUGCUCCCAGCAUCAAAAGCAAUGGCGCGCGAGCUUGGAUCUGAGUGAUGCUUACACAUUGUGCAGAGCGGCGCAACUUCGCUGCGUGCAUUUCUUGCGCAUUUGUGCAGAUCCCUUGCCAUUUAAUUUUGCAUCACGGUUCAGUGCCGCCGGGGUGCUUGUUAUGAUAACUUGCUGCUGAUGUGUGGCUUCCCUUACAAGUUACAACCGACGUCCGUGACGUGUUGUCACGUGUAUCCUGUGGGGCCCGUGCAAAGGCGCUGCUUACCCCGCAGCUGUCGCAAAGCAUUAUGUAUGCCGUGGGCCAUCAUGUAAUGGUCUAUUUUGCAAAAUGUAUCCUAUAGUUGUCCCCACCCUGCCGUCAGGGACAUGGAUCCGGG